ACCGAUGCCUCUCGCUCUGCUGGCCCGUCCUCUGCCUCGCACCGCCGUCCUCACGUCCAUCUUCGCGCUCUCCGUCUCGCUCUCGCUGCGCACCUCGCCGCUCUCCGCACCGCGCGCCAUGUCCUCGCGCGCCGCAAACGCGCCCGGCUGGGAUCCCGUGGCACGGCCCUUCCCGGCCGCGCGCCGCAGCGACGCCUCGGCGACGUACAAGAGCAAGGCGCAGGGCGAGGUCGUCGUGCCCGAGCCGUACGACUGGCUCGAGACGCCGCCGAGCCAGAGCAGCGAGACCAAGACGUGGGUGGAGGCGCAGGCGCAGGCAACGCAGGAGUACAUCGACGGCUACCCGGAUCGCGCGGUGUUCAAGAGGCUCCUAGAAUCAUCGUUCUCCUACCCGCGCACCUCGUGCCCAUCAGCGAAAGGCGACGGCGCCUUCUACUACAGCUACAACUCGGGCCUCGACCCGCAGAGCACCAUCUACCGCGCCACCGCCGAGGACGUGGCGCGGCCGACGGGAGACACGCCGGUAGGCGAGAAGUGGUUUGACCAGAACCUCAUGUCCAAGGACGGCACGGUCGCACUGUCCGCCACGUCGUUCUCCAAGAGCGGCAAGUACUUUGCGUACGGCAUCUCCAAGGCCGGCUCCGACUGGCUGCGCGUGUACGUGCGGCCCACGUUGGCGCCCUUCAACACGCCGCCGGCCGACGGCUCGACGGCGCGCACCGGCGGGCCGGACCGCCUAGAGGAUGAGAUCCGCUCCGUCAAGUUCAGCGGCAUCACAUGGCUGCACGACGACAGCGGCUUCUUCUACCAGGCCUUCCCCGAGGCCGAGAGCAUCGGCGCCGACGGCCACGGCACCGAGACCGACGCGAACAAGGACGCGCGCCUGCACUUCCACAAGAUCGGCACCAAGCAGAGCGAGGACGUGCUGGUCGUCGCCAAGGACCCCGUUACGCGGGAGAGCAUGUGGAGCACGGUCGUCAGCGACGACGGCGAGUGGGUCAUCCUCUCGAACUCGAAGGACACGGACACGAAGGCGCGGACAUACGUUGCGAGCCUCAAGGACCAGAAGGUCAGCGACAGCAUGAAGUGGAUCCCGCUCUCGACCGACUUCAAGUCCGAGCUGUCGUACCUCGGCAACGAUGGCACGACCUUCUACUUCAUGACCAACCGCGACGCUGCGAACUACAAGAUCGUAAGGAUCGAGCUUGACGCCUCGUCCGCGCAAAGCGGCCACCCGGCACAGCUGUCGGGCGACGUCAAGACGACGGACCUGCUGGCCGAGGACAAGGACGCGCUGCUGUCGACGGCGACGAUCAUCAAUGAGAACAAGCUCGUCAUCAUCUACUCGCGCAACGUGCAGGACGAGGUGUGGCAGUACGAGCUCAAGAGCGGCAAGCAGAUCAAGCGCCUGCUCCCUGAGCUGGUCGGCACGGUGACGCAGUUCUCGGGCCGGCGCGAGGACUCGACGGCCUACGUCUCGACGAUGUCCUUCGUCAGUCCCGGCACGCAGACGCGGCUCGACUGGGGCGCCUCGGCGGCGCAGAGCACGACGGCGACGCCCGAGGAGAGCGUAUACCGCACGACGCUCGUCGCCGGCAUCAAGCCCGACGACUUUGUCUCCGAGCAGCGCUGGUUCGAGUCCAAGGACGGCACAAAGGUGCCCAUGUUCCUCACGCGCCGCAAGGACACGCCGCUCGACGGCACGGCGCCGACGUGGUGCUACUUCUACGGCGGCUUCAACAUCCCGCUGGCGCCGACGUUCAGCCCCUCGCUCAUGACCUGGGUGCAGGCCUACGGCGGCGUGCUUGCCUGGGUCAAUGCACGCGGCGGUGGCGAGUUCGGCGGCAAGUGGCACGAUGCCGGACGCUUGCUCCACAAGCAAAACGUCUUUGACGACGUGCUUGCGGCAUGCGAGUACCUUAAGACCAACAAGAUCUCCGGCGUCACGAUCGUCAAUGGCGGCUCCAACGGCGGCCUCGGCGCCAUGGCCGUCGGCAACCAGGCCGAGGAGAAGCACGGCAUCGGCGCCGUCGUGGCGGAGGUCGGCGUGCAUGACAUGCUCAAGUUCAGCACGUGGACCAUCGGCGCAGCCUGGUGUGCCGACUAUGGCAACCCGAUUGAAGACCCCGUCAUGUUCGACUACAACUACAAGUACUCGCCGCUGCACAACGUCAACCCCAACAAGACGUACCCGACAGUCGCGAUUCUGAGCUCCGAUCACGACGACCGCGUGGUGCCGGCGCACAGCUUCAAGAUGGUCGCAGAGCUGCAGCACAAGCACCCGGAGAACCCCAACCCCAUCCUCGCGCGUCUCGAGCUCAAUGCGGGGCACGGCGCCGGCAAGUCGACGCAGAAGCGCAUCGAGGAGGCGUGCGACAAGUACGCCAUCGUCGCGCGGAGUCUCGGGCUGCAGCUCAAGAACAAGACGGCGGCGCUGUGAAGUCGCUCGCCCUGACUUGAGGCUGCGGCGCUCCAGGCGAGGAGGCUCUCUCUGCUCCUCACAUGCUCGCUUGCUGAUGACAAUGCGCAUCGCUGUCCGGCGAUCACGCUGCCUCUGCUCCCGCUUGACUCAGACUGCCCAGCGCCAUUGCUCGCGACUCGCAACUUACUGGAUCCUGCGGGUGCUGCUGCGCUCAGCCGGACUGCGUAUCGACCCCUGAGAGCGGCACAGGCACAGGCGCAGCUGGGACGAAGCGCAAAUGUCUUGUACUGCGGCUCUCGCAGGACCGUGGCGCUGAAGGAGAGGCUUGACCAUGCCUCACUGCACCCAUGUGCGGCUCCCACGGCAACGCAUGCGGCGGUGCUCAAGGGUCGGUGCGGAGGGCGUCGCCGGGCGGGAGGCUGUGCGCGCCGAUGUCGCCACGUGGCGAGGCAGCGCGCAAGGCACAGGGGCUGUGGCGCCGGCCGCGCACGAUCUCGAAG